AAAUUAAUAUAAAAUGACUGGCCGAGGAAAAGGUGGAAAAAUAAAGAGCAAAGCAAAGACUAGAUCGAGCCGUGCUGGACUUCAAUUCCCCGUUGGAAGAAUUCAUAGGCUACUGAGAAAAGGACAUUACGCUAAAAGAGUCGGUGCUGGAGCCCCCGUAUAUCUCGCAGCUGUGAUGGAAUAUUUAGCUGCCGAAGUUUUGGAACUGGCAGGAAAUGCGGCAAGAGACAACAAAAAGACGAGGAUCAUACCUAGACACUUGCAACUAGCUAUCAGGAACGACGAAGAAUUGAACAAACUCCUAUGCGGCGUAACGAUUGCCCAGGGUGGAGUGUUGCCCAAUAUUCAAAGUAUCUUGUUGCCGAAAAAGUCCGAAACCUCCGCUUAAAUCUUAAAUGAUUAAAUACCCAACGGCCCUUUUUAGGGCCACCAAAAAUUUAUGGAUGCUAAACAGCUUUUAAAGUGUAAUAAUUAACAUAACCAAUAAAUG